AGGUAACUACCCUGAGUUAGUCUAUUCAAAUAUAAGGCUAGAAUUUCCCAAGAAAGAACGAGUAGAGGCCACAGCUCAAGGCUCCUCUCUCCACCUACAAAGAACUCCACAGGAUCAAGCCAAAAUGACAGCUCAAUUUGGUUGUCAACACUGCACAGCAUCACUUCUUGGGAAGAAGUAUGUACUAAAGAAUGACAGCCCAUGCUGUGUUUCCUGUUAUGAUCGUAUCUUCUCUAACUGCUGUGAAGCAUGCAAAGAACCAAUUGAAUCUGAUUGCAAGGAUCUUUGUUACAAAGGCUGGCACUGGCAUGAAGGAUGCUUCAGGUGCACCAAAUGCUAUCACUCUUUGGUGGAAAAGCCUUUUGCCGCCAAGGAUGAGCGCCUGCUGUGCACUGAGUGCUAUUCUAACGAGUGCUCCUCAAAGUGCUUCCGUUGCAAAAGAACCAUCAUGCCUGGUUCUCGCAAAAUGGAAUUUAAGGGAAACUACUGGCAUGAAACCUGCUUUAUGUGUGAAUAUUGCCGGCAACCAAUAGGAACAAAGCCUUUGAUCUCCAAAGAGAGUGGCAAUUAUUGUGUGCCAUGUUUUGAAAAGGAGUUUGCUCAAUACUGCAACUUUUGUAAGAAGGUGAUAACCUCUGGUGGGAUAACAUUUCUUGACCAGCUGUGGCAUAAAGAGUGUUUUCUGUGUAGUGGCUGUAGGAAAGAGCUUUGUGAAGAAGAGUUUACGUCCAGAGAUGAUUAUCCAUUCUGCUUGGACUGCUACAACCAUCUUUAUGCCAAAAAGUGUGCAGCUUGUGCAAAACCCAUCACUGGUCUCAAUGGUGCCAAGUUUAUCUGCUUUCAAGACCGCCAGUGGCACAGUGAGUGCUUUAACUGUGGGAAGUGCUCCAUCUCCUUGGUGGAUGAAGGCUUCCUGACCCAGAACAUGGAGAUCUUCUGCCGGAAAUGUGGCUCUGGGGUGAACAGUGACAACUAAUCUUUCCCCACCUGAAAUCCACUUUGCCUUUGUUCUCACUAAAUCCAGAACUCAGUUGCAGUAGUAUUUUUGACUUGCCUCUUAGAAAAUGUCAAAGUAGGGUUUAUAGCAGAAAAGAUCUUACAUGCAUUGUGAAUGAACUGCAUAAUAAGUACAGAAAAGCACAAAUGAAUAUAUACUAAAUCACACAGUCACCUCUCCUUGAAAAAUACUGCUUAGGAACAUAUCUCUACAAUCAAGUGCAUCACCUUUACCUCAGAGUUGUGAAUAUUAUUUCUGAAGAAUGACAUUUCUCAAAACCGUAGAGUAAAACAAAAAAUCAGACUGCGAAGUCCACAUGAAGAAUUAUUUGCACUUCUAGCUAGCUAGUUAUAUAUUACAUGAUAGGCUGACUAUGAAUGGUAGAAGAGAUUUAUAAGCAAAAUGACUAUCAGUUAUGACAUGUAAGAAUCAUGUCAUUUAAAGUAAUUCUUUUAUUGUUCAUAUAUACUGGCUUUAGAGACAGAAAACAAGUCUACAAUUUGAUCUCACACACUGCUUUCAUAGUUAGUUGGUCCCUGUGUUCAGUUAGUGGAAUUUGAGGACACUGAAUGUUACAGCACUCCUACUUUUCAUAGGUACAAAAGGGAGCAUUUCUGCCUGCGGAUAGCUAAAGCAGUGGUUUCAACAUAGCUUGUCUAAAAACCCACGGUGAUUUUUCUAAAUGCUCACAGAUUCCAUGAAGUAAAAGUCUAUUUUUUCAAGUGAAGCUAACCAUGAAAAUGGUUGUCCCCAGAGGCAAAACUUGAAAGUAAACAAAACAUUAAAUCAUCACUUGUGGAAAUGAAUUUUAGAGAAGAGAUUGAGUGCUGGAACAUGACUUUCAUCCAGAUGCCUAAAGGCGGGAUAGAAUACAUAAUUAGCUCCAAGUCUCAUGGUUUUUGCCUUCUAAAAUUACAAAGAUGAUUAGUGGACAGAUAAAAAGUGGGCUUUAAGGAAAUCUAAUAAUAAAUGAAAAAUGAUAAUUAAUUUGUGAUAAUUCUAAACCUGUGAAUAAGCACAAUAGAAUAAUGUGAGCUAUAGAUGACUUCUUCUUACAGUUCCUCCACACCAGUGCCACUCCUUUCCCACACUCCAUCAUGCCCACAGCUACAAUCUGCUGCAUGACCAGGAGCUUCCCAAGUAACCCUAAGCCCUCAUUCGACAAUUCAGUCAAUAUUUAUUAGGUCACAAAAGAAGAAAGUCUUUGUGAGAAAGAAGUUAUCUGGAAAGUCUAUUCCCACAUGUCGAUCUUUAUAUCAACCAUCCACUAGUUACAACCUACCUAACUGCCCCCAGACAAUAUUUUCCAUAUUGUGAGGGAAAAUGGAAAGCAGUCUCUGCUCUCCAUGAUCACUUAUCACCUUUGUUUAUAGCAGAUCUUGGGUAGGGUAGAGUGAAGACAGAAGAAACUUAUCUAGACAUAUUUGUGUGCCUACUUUCAGAUUGCUGCAGGGCAUUUUAAUGACUCUGAGUAAAACUUAAUUAUAGGCUGUAACUGAUUACAAUGAUUGAAAUAACAUCACAGUCAAUUUAAUUAAAAUUGUUACAGAAACAAUUUUUGAAAUACUUUUAUAUGCAAGAAUUCUAACAAUGUUAACAAUUUAGAGAUACUAAUAAAAGGUCAGGGUACACAGAUUAUUUGAAAACUACAAUUGCAAUUAACAAUGCCAACAUAUUUUCUCAAAUUCACAUGUUAAGAUGCAAGCCAAAUUGUUAACAUUUUGCCUGUUUUAUAUAAAAUUGCACAUCAGAACAAAAUAUGCCAAUUGUUCUAUUUUCUAAAAAAUAAUAAUUCAUUACAUCUGUAGAAAACUAAAUCAUUCAAAAUCUGUAUAGUUAGCACGUGUAACAUUCUCUCUGUUAAUCAAGUAUAGGUAACUAUAUAACACAUAGUCUUUUCUUAAACAAUUUGUAAUAUUUAGGGAUUUUUCUGUGUGUGGGGGUGAGUAUGCAUAUGAUCAGGCUUGUAUUUUAUCUUUACAAUUAAAAUUUACAGAAUCAUUUUCUUUUAUUAUCCUUUGAUAAUAUAGUUUAGUAUAUAUAUUUCACAUAUAAAUAGUUCUAUAUUUAGAAAAUAGCUUAGUCACCAAACAGGUAUUUAAACAUGUGCUAUGCCUGCUGUUGAGGUUCUGAGCUGGUGGGAAGGCAGCAGGGUGGAUUCAGGCAUGGAAAUAUGGCAGUGCCGGAUGCAGAGUUCCUUCCCUAGAGCUUAGACAAAGCACCACUGUAGACAUAGCACACAUAUGUAAAACAACUAAGAAAGAGCUCAUUAUAUUGACAUACACACAAAGAUAAUUAUAAAAUCAUACAGUUAAUUCACUUGAUUUAUACAAUAAAGAGAAGAGUUUAUCCAAAAAUGAAAUGGGCUGCCUUAGGAAGGAGUGGGUCCCUAUGACUCAGGUUGACAUUUGCACAGGCAGGGAAGUAGUUAGAAGCAAAUUUUCAAAGUAAUAACAGCCAGAUGGCUUGGAAGUAGCAGGAAAAUUGUACCAAAGAGCAGGAAGAAGUGAGAUUGCUAAAAGAGAAAGAAUCAGAGGAAGGGAGAAUGCUAACUUUUAAGAAAAAAAGGUGUAAAAAACAGGCCAUAGAAAGUUACCAACUGUUUUUAAAUAAAGGAGAAAAAGGAUCAUGCUGAUGUUUAAAAAAUUAUGCUAAUGAGUAUGUGUGGAAGAGAACUGAAGCAGACAGAUUUCCAAGGGUUAGAUUUCUUAUUACGGUAAUGUUUGGUUAGUGGCUACAAAAGUGAAAAGAGACACACAGCAAAAGAUAAUGCAGGCCUGAAGCUGUAUUUGUUGAUAGGUGAUUAUACAAGGUAACAAAGCAAAAUAUUUUAUGUUCCAUAUGGUGAUUAAACAUGGUAAAGAAAAAAAUAAAAAGUAAACAUUUUGGCUUCCAUAAUAAUGGGUAGAAUGUCCAAGGCUCUUUUUUUUUUUAAACAAAAUCAUAAAAAUGUUACACUGGGAAAACUAGCACCAUUAGUAAAGUGAAAUAUGAUCAUACUAUCAAAACUCAAUAGUCAUUAUAACUUUUUAAAAAUAAAUGUUUCCUUGUACAUUGCAGUAAAAGAGUGAUCAGUCAUUGUGAAAAAUGUGUAACACUGAUCACAAAUGGCUUUGAUUAAAAAUCACUGCAAAAUUUAAUUCCACAAGUGAAAAUUCAACCCCAAAAUAUGGAUGAUGUUAAUAAUACCAUGUUUUAAUUUAAGGAGAUAAAAGUACUUUUUAAUCUA